AUGAGUACUGUUGUUACAGCCAAAUCGCAUUCUUUCCAUCUUCCACAACGACACAUAUUGUCAGUGUUCGACCUAGCUAAGUGGUGCAAUUCAAAGGCCUAUACCGAAUAUUUGGCAAUGAUAAAUGAUCUGAAUGAUUCAGUUAAAGGUGUUGUAUCGACAGCUGAUAUUCCAAUAAGUCCGAAAAUGAUGGAUACAAUAGACAUUCUAGAUGAAAUUCAGAAAUGGGUACUGGUAUAUCCACCGGAUGACAUGGGAACACAGCGUUUUGGUAAUGUUGCUUUUCGUAAAUGGCAUCAGCGAUUAACAGAAGAAGCCGAUGACAUUAUUUACGGCCUCUUGCCUGCAGACAAAAAGGAUGCUUGUGUAGAAUUACUUCCUUACUUCUUAAAUUCAUUUGGGAAUCCAACGCGUAUUGAUUAUGGAUCAGGACAUGAAAUGUGUUUUCUCAUUUUUAUACUUUGCCUUCGCAAGCUAGAUCUCUUUGUAGAAGCAGACAGUUCUGCCCUUGUUCUUCGAUUAUUUUUGAAAUAUUUACGUCUAGUACGAUGCUUGCAAACUACAUAUCGAAUGGAACCAGCUGGCAGUCGAGGAGUUCAUGCACUGGAUGACUUUCAGUUCAUGCCUUUUUUAUGGGGCAGCUCGCAACUUAUUGGGAACAAACGAUUGACACCAGAAUCGUAUCUGAAACCUGAUAUUGUCAGAUUGCAUGCUCCGAAAAAUUUAUUUUUCGAUGCUGUUCAAUUCAUUAAUGACACAAAAACUGGGCCUUUCCAUGAACAUUCAAAUCAAUUGUGGAAUAUCAGUGCCGUGCACACAUGGGAAAAAGUCAAUUCCGGCAUGUUCAAAAUGUAUGAAGCAGAGGUCUUGAAGAAGUUUCCCGCAGUACAGCAUCUUGUUUUUGGCUCUUUAUUUUCUAUAGAACAAAUUAAAGGAUUGGAAGAUCCUAAUUUAGUGGAAUUAAAUAGCGUUGAAAAGUCAAAUUCUCUGCAUGAUGGUGAUAAUCCUGUGACUGAUCAGUCUUCAAUUAACACUUCGUCGAAAGAAAUCAAAUCUGAUCAGUAA